AUGGAGAAGGUCCCACAGAUUCCCGCCAUCUACGCCAAUGGGCGACGUAACUCGACAAACUCAUUGUUAAUCCAAGCCGCAGGAAAACUGGAACCGUAUGAGGCUCUGGGGAACGUGUCUGUGGAGCACAUGGCUCCCCCUCCCUCAAUGCCAGGUCAACACCCGGAACUCAAGAUUGGUGGUUUCCACGAGGCUCUGUUUAUUGGAGUCGUCAUAAUGGCUCAGUUCAUGUGUCUUGCAGGUCUUGGUCAAGCAAUCGCGCCAGUCAAGAUCAUAGCCUCUGGCCUCGGCGUCAACAAUCCCGGUCAAGAAGCGUGGUUCUCAGCCGCAUACAGUCUCACCACGGGUACAUUUAUCCUGAUCGCCGGUCGAUUGGGUGACAUACUCGGCCACAAACGCGUGUUUGUGUUCGGGUACCUGUUUCUUGGAAUCUGGUCCGGCUUUGCCGGAUUCAGUGCUUACGUCGGCAGGCAGAUCUUCUUCGACGUCUGCAGAGGUAUGCAAGGCAUCGGCAGUGCGUUACUGGCUCCCAACGCCCUCGCACUGCUUGGCCGCGCAUACCCUCCUGGUAUCAAGAAGAAUCUCACUUUUGCACUCUUUGGCGCCAUGGCACCCUGGGGAUUUGUGAUCGGUGCGCUGUUCGGGGCUCUAUUCUCGCAGACCACGUGGUGGCCAUGGACUUUCUGGAGCUAUGGUGCCGCAGCAUUCGCCCUGUCAGCAUUCUCACUUCUCAUUGUGCCUAAGCAAUUAGCCAAGGAGGCUCAAUUCGCUGGCGUCACAAAGGUACCUGGUUUCGACUGGACGGGUAGUACGCUGGGGGUCGUUGGUCUGGUACUUGUCAAUGUCGCCUUCAACAAUGGUCCGUUGUACGGUUGGUCCACUCCUCACGUCUACUUUGUCCUGAUCAUCGGAGUCUUGGUAUUGGUAGCAUUCCUCUGGGUAGAACGUCGGGCUGAAUCACCACUACUGCCGGUCUCCGCCUUUAAUGGAACAGUCACUUACACCAUGGCUCUAAUCGGCAUCGGUUGGGGCAGCUUCGGCAUCUGGAUCUAUUACUCGUGGCGCUUCCUCGAGGAGUUCCGUCAUUUGACUCCACUCAAUGUCUCUGCUCAAUUCACACCCGCCUUGGUCUGUGGGCUGAUAGCUGCAGGUGCCACUGGUUUCAUGCUCACGCACACUCCCGUCUCAUUCACAAUGUUGAUCGCCAUGUUGGCCUUCUUCGCCGGUCAAGCGAUUUCGGCCUUCAUGCCCGUCAAUCAGUCUUACUGGCCUCAAAUGUUUGUCUCUAUCCUCAUCAUGCCUUUUGGUAUGGACAUGUCCUUCCCUGCCGCCACUGUCAUUCUCUCCAACCACAUGCCCCGCGAGCACCAAGGCCUUGCAGCGUCGCUUGUCAAUACCAUGGUCAACUACUCCAUCUCGCUGGCAUUGGGUAUCGCGGGCACAGUCGAGGUAUCAGUCAUGGCCCAUGACGGUACAGUUGCAGACGCAAAAUGGGGUGUGAGAUGCGCUUUCUUCACUGGCCUGGCUCUUGCUGGUUGUGGUAUUUUACUCGGUGUUUCGUAUUUCAUCAAGUCAAUGAUCAAGGAGGGUUGGAAGGUAGCGCAACAUUGA